AUGUUGAAAGAUGGUGGAAGUAACAUUGACCUCAAAUCCAGGAAAGUUUUAAGAACCCUUACUAAGAAGAAUCCCAGUGACCUUGUCCUGGUGAUUGGAACCGGGGUGAGUGCGGCUGUAGCCCCAGGUGUCCCUGCACUCCGCUCAUGGCGCUGUUGCAUUGAAGCUGUAAUAGAUGCUGCAGAGCAGUUUGAGGUAUUGCACCCUGGGGAUAUUGUGGAAUUCAGAAAAAGGGCGCUACGUGAGCAAGACUUACUAGUUGUCGCACACGACCUGAUCCGGAAAAUGUCACCACGAACCGGUGACAACACACCCAGCUUUUUCCAAGACUGCCUAAUGGAAGUAUUUGAUGACCUAGAAACCCACAUCCAGAACCCCACCAUUCUCGAGUCGAUCAUUAGUCUAAUGGAUAAAGGGGCGACGGUACUCACUACAAACUAUGAUAACCUGUUGGAGCUAUAUGGGCAGAAGAUAGGAAAACCCAUGGAAUCGUUAGACCUGAAUGAUAAAGCGAAGGUUAUGCAGUGGGCACAAAGCCGCCUUCAGUAUGGUGUUUUGCAUAUCCACGGAUUGUACACGAGACCCUGUGGCAUGAUUCUGGAUCCGUCUGGAUAUAAAGAUGUUGCACAGGAUAAUGUACUGCUGGAUGAGCUGCAGAGUUUGUACUGCAGAAAAUCUUUUGUUUUUCUUGGCUGUGGAGAGACUCUGCGGGAUCAGAUUUUCCAGGCACUUUUCCUCUACACUAUGCCAAAUAAAGUCAGUAUGGAGCAUUACAUGCUGGUACGGAAAGAAAACGCAGAUGCCUUCUAUAAACUUCAGGCCGAUAUGCUGCUUAAUGGAAUCAAGCUUAUGUCCUAUGGAGAAUCAUUUACUAACUUUCCAUUGUAUUUAACAGGGCUAUCUGCACUCAUAUGCAAAGCCUGA